AUGAGGUUCAACAACGAUGAUAUCGCGUUGAAGGGUGGCAGACCGGAAAGCAGCAGGCGGGCGUUACAACGAGCCCUUCAUCGCGACAGCCUCGAUUGGAACAUUACUCGCUUCAUUGUCGAGGCCGGGUUAAUCAGCAUGCCUUCCACCACGUAUUGUGACCCUGUAAUUAAGGCAUACAAAUCUCAAGGGAGGAGUUUAAUGCGGAAUAUCGAGAGGCUGUUCUGCAGCACAAGGUUGCAACGGGUUGGAGUAACGUCGUGGUUCGGCGACGGCAGCUUGCUUUAA